AUGAGUGCUAGAAGGCUUACGCCGGUUGAAGAAAAUGUCUUGGCUCUUGGAUUAAAUUUCGCUGUGGUACCCCGUGUUCUUCCUAAAGAAGAAUUUGUACAACGUUUGGAACCGAAGUUAUACCACAUGACGAACAAUGAAGCUAGUAACAUCCGCGUCCAAAUCACUGAGGUUCUACGACGUGCAACGCUUCCAGCUUCGAAUUUAACCAAGAAUAAGAAGGAUGCAUUGAAAAACUUAAGAGCAGAUAAGUCAAUACAUAUUUUAAAGGCUGAUAAGGGUAACGCUACGGUUAUUUUAGAUCGUCUAGAACAUGAUAAUAAAAUCCUGGCUCUGUUAAACACUUCAACUUAUAAAGAGCUUAAAAGAGACCCUACAGCUAACAUUGAACGUAAAAUAUGUUCCAAACUAUCUGGUUUUAAAAAGGCAGGUAUUUUGUCUCAAACAAUUCAUAAUUGUUUGAGACCUUCAGCUACUGUUUGUCCAAAAUUUUAUGGUUUACCUAAGAUACAUAAACCUAAUGUCCCACUAAGACCUAUUGUAGCGUCCAUAGGUUCGCCAACGUAUGCCCUGGCUAAAUAUCUCGCUGAGAUAUUGAAAGCAGUUGUUGGAAAAACAGAUCAUCAUGUAGUAAAUUCUAAAGAAUUUGUAACAAAAAUGGAACAAAUUGGAUUGGGUGAGAAUGACAUUCUGGUAAGUUUUGACGUAGUUAGCUUGUUCACUAAUGUUCCAGUUGAAGAGGCUUGUAAUAUCGCGAAAGAAAGACUUCUUUCAGAUAUUACAUUAUCUCAAAGAACUAAUCUUUCUCCUGAGAAUGUUCAUGAGUUGUUGAAACUAUGUUUGACCACGACAUGUUUUCAAUGGCGGGAGAAAUUCUAUGAACAAACAAACGGCGCUUCAAUGGGAAGUCCAUUGUCGCCUGUUAUGGCUAAUUUGUUCAUGGAGGAAUUUGAAAGGAAGGCCUUAGCUACUGCAAAGUUGAAACCAGCUUUCUGGUUCCGAUACGUGGAUGAUACAUUGAGUAGCUGGUCUCAUGGACUAGAUAAUUUACAAAAGUUUCUAGACCACAUUAAUAGUUUGCAUCCAUCGAUCAAGUUUACUUUUGAAGUACAGAAGGAUGCAAUAAAACUAUACCGUUCUUAGAUGUUCUUUUCACUAUACAUGAUGAUGGGUCGCUAGGACAUAAGGUUUAUAGGAAACCAACACAUACAGACAGGUAUCUGCAUUAUAAUUCAUUUCAUCAUCCUAGUAUUAAAAACUCUGUGUGCAAGACACUCAUCAACCGAGCGAAAACAAUUUGCGAGGUAAGUAACAUUGACGAUGAAUUAGAACAUUUAAGAAAUGUUCUAAAAAUGAAUGGUUACCCACGGCAUUUCAUAGAUAAUGCUAUGAAAACGCCACAAGGUAUACAGCAGAAGAUUGAAUAUCAGUCGUCUGUUAGUCUGCCAUACAUUGGUCCGGCUUCACACAAAAUCGAAAAAAUUUUGAGGAAUGAAGCAGGUAUAAAGGUAUACCAUUCCAGCGAAAACAAAUUGUUUCGAGCUCUUUGCACACAUAAGGACAACGUAAAUGAAUCUCAGAAACCUGGUGUGUACCGCAUUCCUUGUGAAUGUGGUCUGGUUUACAUUGGUGAAACUGGUCGAAAUCUCUCAGUACAUCUUAAGGAUACAAGACGAAUUGCGAGAAAGCCGAGCAAGAUAAAUCUGCUGUGGCUAAACAUACUUGGACUUACGACCAUCGUAUAAAAUGGGACGAAGCAACCAUUUUGGCGAUUGAUAGUCAUAAGUUCUCUCGCAAAAUGAGAGAGUCAAUUGAAAUCGAGAAGCACAAUACUAUAGAUCAGGAGGGAAAGCCACUCGAUAGUACGUGGCGUGCUCUCUUUAAUGUGCAAAAUUAAUUUCUCUUGUCUUGGAUGCGCGCGCGUUAAUUGGAAUCACUUCACUACGUUUGAAAUGACGUGGUUGAUGUGCCGUUUAAUUAAAUUUCAAAUGACGCGAGCCAACAGAUCACGACACUCUUGUAUAUAAAAAGAGCGUGUGAAUUAAACAAGUCACAUAUUAUUAGCACUGAUGAAGAUCCGGGCUUACGGAUCGAAAGCUUUGCAGUAAUAAAUUUACGUGGUGUUUCCACAAACAAAAACAAUUAUAUUUUUCGCCAUGCAAACAUUCAAAGAACUUGUACAUGAUAUGGUUGUCUAAUUUUUUCAUGGACUGAGAUAUUUAUAUUACAGUUUAAGGUUUUAUAUAUUAUACAUGUUUAGAUGGAGACGAGGCCAAAAUUCCGCAGGAACAGAAGAAUUGUACAGACCAGAAACCAUCAUCAUCGCAAGUACCAGGUAAAUGUAAUAAAAAAGUUCUUACAUUAUUUUUAUUAUCGUUGUACAAUUCAUAAAUUCUAUCACUAAAAAUAUUGUAACGAAAGAUUCAGACUAAAACUGUUUGAUUGUACAAAAUUCCCAUCUUGUGCCAAACGAGUUAACACAUUUCAUAUGGUUGGCUACUUUCGCUCUUAAAAUAGCCAUUUACGUUGUCAUCUCAUCUGCUACUUGUUUUCUAUUAUUCUUGUAACAUUACUGUUAUAUAACUCCAUUCUUUGUUUGGUAAAAGUAUUGUACUAUGAGUCGGUAGUUAAAGAGAAUUAUAAAUAGCUUGAUUAAACACGAUUCAGAGCAUGAUUUCUGUCAACUGUAUUGCUAAAGAUAUCGUUUUCUUUAAUAACAUAAAACCAUCUGCCAGAUUUGUAAGAAUUUUAUAAGAUAUCACAAUUACACAUAUCAAUUUAAUUGAACUGUUAUAUACAGAUCGAAAUGAAAACUUAAGUUCUGAAGAUGUUAAGUUUUAUUUAAAAUAUGUUUCAGCAGAAUUGUUAAAAUCAGCUGAAGAAACCUGCAACCGGACCAGUACAAAAAAGUUACCAAAAGAAGACUUGCUUUGCUUGGAAAAAUGCAUCGAAGAAUUUUCUGCUUCUAAUGUAUAUACUAUUUCUGCCUCGAGUAAGGAGCCUUUGAACGAGAAAAUUCGUAAAUCGAUGACCGCAAAUGUUAAAUCGUCAGCUUACAAAAAUCUCUUGAGUCCUAAUGAAGAUAGACAUAGUGGAAAUGACGGAAAAUUUGUAAGUGACGACCAACAAAUUUUAAACUUUGCAACAGAAGACGUAUGGAAAAAUACUGCAACUGGAAUUCCUGCAAGAUUGUUCAAAACUCUUGGUAAGAACAUGAAAUCGAUUGGUCAAAUUUCAUGUGGGCAAAUACAAGGAACAUGUUGGCUUGUGGCAGACAUGCUAGUGAUAACAAAUUGUCACGUUUAUAUGUCGUUCAACAAAGAAAGAAGAGAUCAUCCAGAUCUUAACUUGCCCAUCACAGUUAAAUUUGAUUAUCUUCACCCUGGACAAGGACAACAAGUAGAAGUUAACGAAGAACGAGAUCCCCAGCUUGAAAGUUUUCGGUUUGAUUAUAAAGUUUUACGGUUAAAAGAAGAUGAAGGUCUUAGGGGCCGUGAACCGCUUGGCCCAUUAGUUCGAAGUUGUCCAUUACAAGAAGGUCUCGUUAUUAUCGUUGGUCAUCCAGCAGGAAAGGAAAUGCACCAAGAAACAUGUGUUGUUGUACGCAAUCACUCGUGGCGUCAGAAACUCCAGGACAGGAAAGACUUCAAGCAUAGCCAAAUGAAUAAUGACGAAAAUUCUACUGGAGUGCACUUGACCAACAACGAUUUGCUACGUUCUCAGUCCCACAAAUUUCAAGAACAAGGAUGUCUUCCAUACGAUACAAGCCUAUUUUCUGGUGCUAGUGGUUCCCCUGUUUUUAACCUGAAUGGAAACAUUGUCGCGAUGCACACCCAAGGAUAUAUACUAAACACUGGGGAAGAAAAAUGGUCCUUGAUGGAGUUUGGCGUCCAAUUUAAUGCAAUUUGUAAAGAUAUGAAAGAACGAUAUAUUGAACCGAAUGUUGUUAAAAAAUUGUUUCCAGACUGUGAUUUGGAAAAUAUGGAUAUAGACAAUUAGCACAUAAUAUAAUUAGUAUGAGUAGUAGAAAGGUCUCGCGAGAGCGAUGAAAAUCAGCAAUGAUCGUUAAGCCUGCCUGAAACUGAAACACAAGCGGGACUGAAAUGUCUCUUUGUAAUCAGCUCAACACAAAGCACUUAUAUAUAGCUAAAGCAUGAAUUUGAAAAAGAAGGAACAAUGUCAAUGAUCGUUAGGCCAUCCUGAAAUUUCGGCUUCGUAAAUCUGGCUGAAACUCAACCCAUAUACCCAUCUUGAAAUUGUUCUUGCAAUCAUUCUCAAUAAUCACCUAACAUAAUUAAUGUAGCAAUAUGGUAUAACUAAUAGCAUGAUUUCUGUUUUUAGAAUUUGGAUAAACAACAGGCACUAGCGAAUUUUCCAAAUCACAAGAGUUAAGCACGGUAGAACCAUGGGAUAUUAUAGUAUCUCACGCUGCAUUGCAAAACCAUGAAUUUGAGUGCAAUACAGUAAAUCACAUUGUCACGUGGUACAAAUGCUGUUUUUUUAUUGGACAAUUUAAAUUUGAGAUAUAUAAUAUAUGAAAAAACACACGCUUAAUUAUUACCUAAUUCGUUCUCGCCCUUUUAAGCAUUGUUUUUGUUGCUUUUAAGCAAAAUUUCUCGUUGCUGUUGUUCCUUAUAUUUAAAUUCAAUAUAUUCACUUGAAAAUUCGUUUUGUAUAUGGCACACGAAGAUAUACGAUCAUUGUCUUCCACAUUCUUACACAGCUAAUUAUUAGUGGGUAUCGAAAAUGAAAAUUAAUUUGCUAGACACUUAGAAGAUGAGAAAGAUCAAUUGAAGUUCAUUUUCGUGCAGGCUCGCAAGUUCUUUCACGCGGCCAUGAUUUUCUUUUAUUAAAUAACUGUAAGUAACGAGAUCAAAAUUAUACUGUC